GCCCACCGCAUUUAAAACGCUCCAGAAAGCGAAGAGGCGCAAGCGAACUUGGCUUGCACCUAAUUUAAACGGCGAACUGCGGGCGUUGUCAAAAAAAAAAAAAAGCCGCAUAUGCCCCUCCACGUCCGCCUCGAGGUUUUCUCGCGUGCUCUCUGAACUUGCAGGCUCUUCUUCGCGCUAUAUCUAUGCGGGACUCUCCCAGUGGGUGUCACAUCCACACGGAGGUCUGAGACUCACUGCAGGCAACCCACUGCUGCUGCUUCCUGUAUCGAAGCACCAGCGGUCAGGGCGCACAGGAGCUGUUCGCGUCAAGACUCCCGCACUCCGAGCGCCUAAACACCGAGGGGGGGAUACCGCCAGGAGAGGCCGGGGGGGUGUCUGGAUCCUGCUGAGGCUCGGAGGGGAGGACUGCUGCUCUUUUCGGCUCCAGAGACGCAGAGCACGAUUCUCACCGGAGCUGGCGCUAGCUAGUAGCGGCUAGGCGGCUAAUGGCUAGUAGCAGCAGGUAGAUAGCGAACAAGAAGCCGGGUAAAAAAACAAAAAAAGAACAACCCAACCCUUUGUAAACCCGUACAUGAGCCCGAAAAGCGUCCGACAUUCAGAGGACACGUCGGCAUGACGCGGUUUACCGGAGCAGCGAACUGACAGGCUCCGAAAAGUGCAGCGACUCUGCUAACCUGUGCUAGCCUGAGCUAGCAUAGCCGCUCGGAGCGGAUCCUGUUGCUCUUUUUUUCUUUUUCUGGUAGAUUUUUUUUUUUUUUUUUUUGAUUAGAUCGGCAUCUUCCCGCCAACUUGCACCGUAGUUUUUGUUUCUGUUUGCUUUUUCUGUUUUUUUUUUGUUGUUCACUGAGAACGUCGUUUAGUUGCGUCGAUAUCGAAAUGGCUCCCAAAAGAAGACCCGUUCCCCUGAACAUUACGCCCAUCGGGGAGGGACAGGCCACCUCCAACACCAUCGAUGCUGCCUCGGAAGCCAACCUGGAGGCCUUGCAGAAGAAGCUGGGGGAGCUGGACCUGGACGAGCAGCAGAGGAAACGCCUGGAGAACUUCCUCACCCAGAAAGCCCAGGUCGGCGAGCUGAAGGACGAGGACUUUGACCCCAUAUGCGAGCUGGGGGCCGGAAACGGAGGGGUGGUCAACAAGGUCCGGCACAAACCAUCGGGCUUGGUCAUGGCCAGGAAGUUGAUUCACCUGGAGAUCAAGCCCGCCAUCAGGAACCAGAUCAUCCGCGAGCUGCAGGUGCUGCACGAGUGCAACUCUCCCUACAUCGUGGGCUUCUACGGGGCUUUUUACAGCGACGGAGAGAUCAGCAUCUGCAUGGAGCACAUGGAUGGUGGAUCGUUGGACCAGGUCCUUAAGGAAGCCAGAAGAAUCCCUGAAGAAAUCCUGGGAAAAGUUAGCAUAGCUGUGUUAAGAGGAUUAGCUUAUCUGCGAGAGAAGCAUCAGAUCAUGCACAGAGACGUGAAGCCCUCCAACAUCCUGGUCAACUCCCGCGGGGAGAUCAAGCUGUGCGACUUUGGCGUGAGCGGCCAGCUCAUAGAUUCCAUGGCCAACUCCUUUGUUGGAACGCGCUCCUACAUGUCGCCGGAGAGACUGCAGGGCACCCACUACUCUGUUCAGUCUGACGUGUGGAGCAUGGGCCUGUCCUUGGUGGAGCUGGCCAUCGGCCGCUACCCCAUCCCCCCGCCAGACGCCAGGGAGCUGGAGGCCAUCUUUGGCCGCGCCAUCAUGGACGGGGCAGAGGGGGAGCCUCACAGCAACAUGGCCAGGCCGAGACCACCGGGCAGGCCUGUGAGCGGACAUGGGAUGGACAGCAGACCUGCCAUGGCUAUCUUUGAGCUGCUGGACUACAUUGUGAAUGAGCCACCGCCUAAACUCCCACACGGUGUCUUCACCAGCGACUUCCAGGACUUUGUGACGAAAUGCUUGAUCAAAAACCCGGCUGAGAGGGCGGACCUAAAGAUGCUGAUGAGUCACACGUUUAUCAAGCGAUCGGAAGUGGAGGAAGUGGACUUUGCCGGCUGGUUGUGCAAAACCAUGAACCUCCACCAGCCUAGUACUCCGACUCGCAUCACUGAGUGAUCAAGCUGCCCCUCCACCGCCCUAGAAACAAACAAACAAACAAAAAAACAACAACCUCUUUCUCUGCUCCGACUCAUUUCUGGGGUCUUUCUGCAAAUGCAUUCAUGUACACAAUCCUUCACACAUGCUGGCACUUCUUUUCUUUUUUUUCUUUUUUUUUCUCUUGCUCUUGGGUAAAACAUUUGUAGCUUCCCUUUUUUGUUAUGUUAACAGCAGUUGAGCCUGUUGAGUCAUUAUUGUACUGUAAGACCACAGCUUCACCAUGACAGUGUCGAGAGCAGCCUCCAUUCGCAUCUCCACGCCGCUGCAGAGGAUGUAAAGCACUGAAGGGCUGCCGUAGAGUCAUCAGAAGCCGCAGUGGCAAACUUAUUUUGUAUUGUUGAACAUUCUGUAUUAAUCUUUUCUAUGGUGGCUUGUGGGGAUGUAUUUUUAUUAACCUGCUGUAAGAGGAGGAGGAAUGUCGGGCGGAAAAGCGGAAAGGAAAUGUAACGCGCAAUCUUUUUGCAGGCUUUAUGGUUGUUUAAUGAUGGGGGGGCUCAAUUAUUGUUGAAUAUUAAAAAUAAUAAUAAUAAUUCCCCCUUUUAUUCCUGAGCGGUUUCUGAUCUUGCAAUCACCCCCAGUGUAUAAUGAUCAAUAAGAGCACAUUGCAAGCAAAACGGGCACGCGUGGGAGUGUUUUUUCACUUUUUGGCAUGUAAACAAUCUCUCAAAAGAUCCUUUUUGUGAACAGUGUCCCAAACCAAAGAGGGUACUCAAGACUUAGUGCUUCAAUGGCUGGUUAUUUAAAUUCUUGAGCAGUAUAUUGGUGUAAUUAGGUUUCUUUGUUUUGUUUUUUUGUUUUUUUUUCGGUGUCCAUUUCUUGUAUGUCUCACAUAGAGUUGGGUGUCUCCUCUGGAAGCCUGAUAUUUGCCAGGAUGUCUUCCUUGACAUUAAGAAAAUGCUGAUAAGGGCAUUUUCUCGAGUUGAUAUAGCAUGGUUUAGCUUUCUAAUGGCUGUGUGUGUACUUCUCAAGAUCAUGAUGGGGAUGAGCUGAUGGUUCUUAAUCGAGCCUCAGUUUCUGCUAUGCCAGUACAAGUUCUCAAUCGCAUUGGAUGAUCUUUUCUUUUUAACCUUUGCAUUAUUCUUUACUUUCUCCCCAACGUGGUUUUUUUUUCUUUCUUUCUUACGUUUCCACUGUACUGCUACAAAAUUGCGCUCCACAAGUCUCAGCUUGGAGCUCGUGGAAAAGACUUGGGUUAAAAAUGCUGUCAAAAUGCAUUUUUCUUGCAACUUUUGUUCAAAAACAAAACAGCCUCUCGCAGCGUGUCGCCAGACGGGUCCGACUGGAGAUUUUAACCCGGGUCAGUUCUGGUCAGAUGGUGGUGUUGCCUGCUAGGCCGCUGUCUUGCUAGAGCUCUUGUAUUCUCUCUCUCUCUCUCUCUCCUUAUGGCUGCCCUUUCUACGCCUCCCCUCCAAAAUGUGCAUUCUUUAAAAGUCAAUGGAUGCAUUGUCACUUGUAUGUGUACAAAGCUAUAAACAAAAAUUACAUGAGUACUAUUUUGCAGUCUUAAUCUACAAAUUUUUUGAUUUUAUGUAAAUGACAAGAAGAGUCAUUUUAUUAUAAUAUAAAAAAUGUGUUGGAAAUGGUUAUAAUGUAUGGAAAAUAUUGAAAUAAAAGUUAUUUGUGAAUGUA